UGCCAUUCGGUGCGUAGACACCGCAUCAGAAUAGCAGAAUACCCGGAAGCUACACAGUUGCCAUCAGGGAGCAGGCUUUAAUCCCUGACCAGAGGCCAAAUAGAUCAUGUCAGUUAGGUAGCGCUGGUAAUUUACUGACAGUCGACUCCAGAAUCCGGGGUUAAACGCCACAGAUUCAUUUGAGAUCUGUGAGGGGAAAUUACCUUUUUCGUUAUUUGUUGGCUGUCGUGACUGCGUAAAGACGCGAGGAAGAGGUCGGCGGCUGGCAGCGCACAGUGGAUAAGAGGACUUUGGGGUCUGGAGAGGAGAGAGAAGAUGAGCCAUGGAGCGACCGGGCGAGAGUUUACAGGCUACCUGGGCUCCCUCUCAGCAUCAGUGCUGAGCCUGCCUCUGCUGCUGCUCCUGAGUUCAGCAUCCACAACACAGGCUACAGUCUGCAGGCCUCCACUGGAGCCAGAGAAUGGAGGGUACACCUGCCACCCCUCUCCCUGUCGCACGCUGAGCCAGGGCACGGUGAUCGAGUACUUCUGCGACGAGGGCUACGUCAUGAAGGGAGACUACCAGUAUCUCACCUGCACCAACGGCGAGUGGGACACGCUCUCGCAGGUCCGCUGCCUCCUCUCCCCAGAGAAGGAUCCAGAGCCGGUGUUUGGCAUGAACACCCUGUCCCUGGUGGCCACCACAGCCAGCUCCGUGGCUCUCGUCCUCCUCCUGGUGGUGCUGGCGGUGCUGCUGCAGCCCAAACUCAAGUCCUUCCACCACGGCCGGCGUGAUGAUGAGGAGGUGGGCGGCCAGCCUGUGUCCAUCAUGGUGGACGGGGUGCAGGUGCCGCUGCCCUCCUAUGAGGAAGCGGUUGCCGGGAGUAGCGGCGGCGGCCCCCCCACUGUGCCGCCCCCCCCUGAGGAGCAGACGGCUGUUGGCACGACGACCCAGAGGCUGUCGGCGCAGCCCCCGCCCCCCCAACCAGAAACGUGGGCUCAGGCGCAGCAUGCGGAGAUGGCGGUGGUGCACCGGGUGCCGUCCCCUUCCUCGCCCUCCUCCUCCUCCUCCUCCUCGUCCUCGCUGUCGUCAUGGGGACCGGUGCUAGGAGCCACCGCAGGGGAGCGGCCCAGCGGCGCACACACUCGCGGUGAGCAGCCCAGUCUGCUGCUACAGGCCUCCGAGCUGGACUUCGCUGACGAUAUCCCACUGCUGAAGGAGGCUUGAGCGGGGCAGGAGGUGCAGGGGGAGCUGUGGAGCAGAGGCCUACACCAGGCACCUGGAGAACUCCUUCCUGCCUGCUGCAUCUACCACACACACGCGCACACACACACACACACACACACACACACACACACACACACACACACACACACACACACACACACACACACACACACACACACACACACUCCUACCCACCUCAGGUGAUUUUCAGAUGAGGGUAGGCGCCCCCUGGUCAGUGGAGGAGCUGCUGGUGCCAGCGUGCUUGUGUACAUACCGCAGCGCACACACACACACACACACACACACACACACACACACACACUGGUGCCAGCGCUUGUGUACAUACCGCAGCUGCUGACAGAAGGUCUCUGGCGCCCGGACGGCCUCUCCUGUUCACUGUGUGGUUCGUAGAGUAAGCUCCAGGGACCGGAGCUUCUGAGGAAGGCUAACGCCAAACGUCCGUGGGAGAAAGCUUGACUCCGUGUGGAAUUGGCAUUUUGAAAAUGUUUUGGCGUGUGUAUGCUUUGACGUGUGUAUGCUUUGGCGUGUGUAUGUUUUGCUUAGUGAGUUUUGGCACUCUGGGGAGCUUUUGGACGCCACUCUCCCUGUCGCAUGUUUUCCCGUCACCUUUACCGCUGCGCAUUCAGGGGUGAUGCGUGGGCGCUUGCACGUCAGGUCUCCGCAGAGCACACACACGCCAUCUAUACGCUCAUCUACACACAUCAC